GAAGCGGGGGUCUAGUGGUGCUGAGGGGAAGCCGGGUGCGAUACUGCACGGCCGGGCGGCGGCGGCGGCUGCCUGGGCAACGAUGCUGCUGCUCUGGCCGCCGGUGCCCGUGCUGCUGGGGCACUGAGCGCGGGCUGCAGGUCGAGACGAGGAGGAGGAGCCGGGCGGGGCGGGGCGGAGCGGCCGCUGAGCGAGUGACCGGCCGACCAAGCGGCGGCAGACAGGGGAGGAGGAAGGCGGCGGCGGCUGCAACGCGGCCGCGUGCCUCAAGGAGGCGCCAGCGAGGACCGAGUGGGCAGGCAGCGGGCGCCCCCUGCAGCCCGGACAGACAAAGUUCAACAUGUUUCAAAUUCCUGUUCAAAAUCUUGAUAAUAUAAGGAGAGCUCGGAAGAAAGUAAAGGGCAUUCUUGUGGAUAUUGGACUUGAUAGCUGCCGGGAGUUACUUCAGACUUUGAAAAGUUUUGACCCAGGAGAAAAAUAUUUCUUCCACACUUCAUGGAAUGAUGUGUCUCAGUGGGAGUCUAUCACUAAAAGAAAGAGAUACAGAACAAAUCCAUUUUGCUGUAGUCAGUGCAAGUUCUCCUCAAAAUUUCUUUCUUCUUUCAAAAAUCACUUGAACCGUUGCCAUGAAGAUGAACUGGACCAAGAAUUAGUUGUUCCUUGCCCAGAAUGUUCAUUUGCUUCUCAUUCCAAAAUAGUGGGAAGACACCUCCGGAUGUUUCACUCCAAGAAAAAAAUACAAAAUUAUAAUGUGAGUGGUGGCAUGAGACAGUUCCGGAGUGAUUCAGUAAACUUUGUAUGCCAGAAAUGUCAGUUUACAGACACGCUAUACUACAAUACAAAGAAGCAUGUAUUGGUAACCCACUUUCAAAACCUAAUAAGCACAUACUUUGAGGAGAGUGAAGAGAAUUUUACUGAUCAUUACUGUAAAAAGUGUAACGCUUUUGCAAACAGCCGGGAUUCUUUAAUAUAUCAUGUCUUGACAUCUGAAGUACACAAAGAACUGGAAAAUAUAUUGAGGCCUGUAAUUUUGGUACAGCCUAAGAAACCAGGACAAGCAAAGUCACUGCAGAUCAUUAAUAUUGCUCCCAAGCCUUCCACGCUCAGAGCCACGCCGCCACUAGUACCUACCACUGCUUCAGUGGGCUCAGCUUCUUCUACAUCAUGUAUUUCACUUCCGCCAGUCAAUCAGAAUCAAAGUAUGGUGCCAGCAAAAGCUGUUCAAAACACAGUUGGACCACUGAGUGUUUCAAGUGCCUCUAGUAGUCUGACACGUACAUCAUCUCCUACUUCGGUUGCCCAGUCACAUAUUACACUUAUGUCUGGUUCUCGCCCAGGAGGUCAGAAUAAUGUGGCUCUUCAGUCUGCAGUUCCCCAACCGGUCUUUGUUUCCCAUAGGCUUCCCCUAAAACAGCCUGUACGGCCUGGGGUUUUCUGCCUAAAUCAGCCUGCUGGUUCCAUAGGUAGAGGUGUUCCUCCAGGAGUCCUCUCAUUCACUCGGCCAGUCCGCCCUACUCUGCUUCCUGUUAAUCAAUCAGUUAGGACCAUUAGUAGUCCAGUUGUGUCAGGGGCUCUCCCUGGGACCCAGCCUGCUGGAUCUCUGAAUCGACCCAUUGGAGCUGGCACUAUUCCAGUCAACAGGGCUUCUUCACCUGGGGUCCUUGCUCUAAAUCGGCCUGUUGGAAGUUUGAACCAGCCUAGUGCUACUGGGGUUCUUCCCAUGACCCAAACGCUUACAUCAGGGGUGCUUCAGUUUAAUCCUGUCACUUCAGGGGUUCUUCCUGUAAACCAGUCAGUUGGACCUGGGAUUCUACAAUUUAAUCAGCCUGUUGCACCAGGGGUCCUUCCUGUAAAUCAAUCUGUUAGACCUGGAGUUUCUCAAAAUGCUACUUUGCUUACUGCAGGACCAAUACUUAGACAGUUAAUUCCAACUGGCAAGCAAGUUAAUGGGAUACCGACAUAUACCCUUGCACCCGUUUCUGUGGCUUUGCCUGUGCCACCCGGUGGUGGGGUGACAUCAGUUUCACCACCUCAGGUGCCUGUUCAGCUGAUGCAAUCUGGCCCAGUUACGCAGUUGUCUCAGGCUCCAGCUACCGUGCCUUCCUCAGCUGUAGUAACUUCUUCCGCGAAUACGCUUUCCAAGACUUCUCCAACUGCUUCUGCAAUGAGCCUUGCCCUUAAACAGGCUAAGCAGUGGAAGACGUGCCCUGUUUGUAGUGAGCUGUUCCCAUCUAAUGUCUAUCAGGUGCACAUGCAAGUCGCUCACAAAUUCAAUGCAGCAAAGACAAAGGUUACUCUUGAAACAGACAAAGUUGCAGCCUGUGCACCUUUUCUGAGGUGGCUAAAAGACAAGACAGUCCGGUGCUUUUCUUGUAAAUGUUUUCUCUCUCAGGCAGAGCUUAUAAAACAUAUUUUCACACAUGGAUUAGCUUGCCUGUUUUGCACCAGUACUUUCCAUGACUUAAAAUGCCUUGUGGAUCACACACGAACUGUGCAUAAAGGCCAAAAGAAACUACACACUGAUUAUGAUGACAAAGGGUUUCAACUUGAGAGUGAUUCUGAAGGUGACCUGGUGUUUCCUCAUUUUGAUUUCAGUAUAACUGCAAAAGAACAAUGUGAAAGAGAAGUGCACCUAGCAGUACUUGCUGGAGUAAAUUCAAGGACACUUAUUCCUCUGUACAUCAAGCUGCAACAUGAAGCUGCUGGAACGAAUAAAGGCAAUAAGAAAGUUUCCACUUGCCCCUUUUGUUACGGUACUUUCAUUAGCACAGAAACCUAUGAGAUCCAUUUGAAGGAGAGGCACCAUAUCAUGCCAACUGUGCAUACCAUUUUAAAGACUCCUGCUUUUAAGUGUAUCCACUGCUGUGGCGUUUAUACCGGCAAUAUGACUCUGACAGCUAUUGCUGUGCAUUUGCUCCGCUGCCGGAGUGCUCCCAAAGAUAGCACCCCGACUGUAAAGAUGCAGCUGGAACUCAGUGAGAAGAAAGAUCUGCCACUUGUAAAUGGUGAACAGCAUGAUGCUGCUUCUCCUUCAGCCAAGAGAAAACCAUCCGAUAAUCUUUAUCCUGUUGGAGAGGACCAAAUGGAUGAUGACCAGCCAUUCCUGAUUAUAAAUAGUGGUACAGCGCAAGUUCCAGUAAAGGAGGUGACUUUUGUGGCUUCCAAACGACAAAAGAUUGAUCAUAAGACUGAAAUUAAGGGACAGCUCUCAUUUGAGGAUCUUCAUGUUUUAGCACUAAAUCCAAAGCCAUUCCAGAAUAGCUCAAAUGAAGUUCAAAAACGGUUUCUUGCAGAUUAUUUUCACAAGAAGCCAUACCCUACUAAAAAGGAGUUAGAAUUACUGUCAACCAUUCUGUGUGCAUGGAAGGUUGAUCUUGCAUCAUUUUUUGGGAGAAAAAGACACACCUGCCUAAAGGCAAUAAAAAAUCUUAAGCCAUCUGUGCUUUUGGGCUUUAGUAUGUCUGAACUUAAAAAUGUAAAGCACAGUUUGAGCUUAAAUUGUGUAUCAGAAGAUUUGUAAUCCCCCCCCCAAAAAACCCUAAUAUCAUGCAAUUAAGAUUGCAUAUUACUUCAGCAACUCUCACUGAUUUAGUUUCUUGUGAUAUUAAACUACUAGGACACAGUGGCCACCUUCACACAAAACAAGUCAGCACUGUGCAAAAUUCUGGCUAAUUGUUCACAAGCAGCUUGUUAAUGUAUGUUGCCUGAUGGCUCCUGAAAAGCUUAGUGUUAUAGCUGAACCCAGACUCCUGAUUUAUAUUCCGAACAAGCCAGGAAUCGAAAACCAACUUCAAACUCUGGCUUUUAGGUAUGGUAGGAGAGCAAACAAACCAGAAGUCUGGUGCGGUUGCAACGCUAACCUUUUCCUUCCUGGUGAAUUCCUUACUACUGUUCAGCUGCUCCUGCUGGCAGGAGGAGCCAAGAGGGAGUGAUCAUGAUACCAUUUUGAACUUUACUGUUCUUUGCUAAUGAGAUUAAUGCCUCGUUCAGAUCGGGCAAGUGUUCAUUGUGGCAGUGGGAUACAGUAUAGUAUACCUGAGGCUCUGUUACUUUUCAUUUUUUGUUUAUGUUGUAGCUUUCUCUGCCCAUGGGUUUUAUAUAAUUGUGUUACAAAUUUUGUAGUGUUUUUUUUAAAAAAGAAAACCCCAAUUGUUUUUUUUUUAAAUAAAGUGUAUAGUUUUGGUAAAAUUCCAAAACUGGUUAGAUGGUCAUAAUAAUAAAAAAUACAAUUCCUCCCUUUUAAAAUUAAGAUGGUUGGCUUCUAGCCUGAUCUUCAUAUUGCCCUAUUUUUUUAAAAAAACCACCAAUUUACCAGUGGUAGCAGUACCAAAUGCAACAAUGAUACACAUCAGCCCAGGGGUUUCUUAACUCCUUUCCCAGUAAGACAUUCUGAAGUCUUAUGUGGUAUCUGUUUUCCUGAAGUUUCAACUUUUGGUUUCCAAGUAUUGAUUUGCAUCUUGGAAUAAAUAAAGCAAAGAGCUGCCCAAUUUGAAGUAGACUGUAAUGGCUACCUAUGGAUCCCUUCAUUUGGUGCUACUGCUUGUUAGGAACACUCUGAUAUCAUUGCAUACCAUUCCAAGAAGCAGUUAGCAUUGUAUGCAUAUGAUUGCCAAUCUCUAGCUGUCCUGCCGUUGUACUGGCAUAUAUUCUAAAGCAGGGUAUGGAAUAGCCACAUAACAAUUCUCCAUGUGACUAUGCAACUUGGGUUUGGAGCAAGGGAUCAAAGGCAACCUCUUCAGCAGUGCUAAUGCAGGAUGAUUUUGCAUUGGCCAUUGUACCCCAUCUGAUACAGUACCUCACUGUGAUUACAGUGAUAUUGAAAUGUGUGAGAGAAUACUUGCUAUUCAUAAUAAGUUGCAGCUCAAUACUUUAAUAAUUAAAGUAGGACUGCAUAGCCCUGAGUCUAUUUCAGUCUGAUGUUAUGUGUCAUGGUCUUUGUAUCAAUGCUGACUGAAAGCUCUUGCUCUCUACAGUGGGUGAAAUACAAUUUAAUGUGUUACUCAGCAGAUGACAGCCUCGUCUAAAGAUAGACAAUAUUGAAUAAGCAUAGUGGGUAUUAUUUAAAACUAAAAUAGGGCUGAGAGCUGAGGCAGGUUUUGUUAUUGCUGUUCUGCCUUUUAUUUCUGGGCAAUGUAUAUGCUGGCAGCCUCCAAAUCCAGAAGACUAAUGUUUAACCACUAUGAGAUAUUUGGUGUGCUGACUUUACACUGUUUUCUAGUUACUCUAAUGCCAAGGGAUUUUUGUUUUUGUUUUGGUGAAACUGCAUGUAAAUAACUUGUGAAAUUUAAGCAGUUGCAUUGCAGGCUGUUCAAUUUCUAUAAAUGUCAGAAAAUUGUAA